UGGUACGAGUCGGCAAGAGACCAACUUUCACUUUUCACCUUCAACAUGUCUUAUGCUUCAAAAAUCAGUGACAGUGUCUGUGAUGAUGUGGCUGGAUUCAGAUUGGUGCAUGUGGACUCCACGUGGAGCAGACAGACUGAAGACUGCAAGUGUGCCGAGGGACGGGCGUCAGACGCCAAGAUUUAUGAGUCUUCCACAGAAGAUGGAGUCACAUGGACAGUGGUCAGUCCUAUCGUCUUCACCUAUCGAGUCCUUCAGAGUGAGAGGCUUCUGGAUGCAAGCAAUGACACCUUAAUGUUCGGCCAUAUCUCCGACCCUACGGAGAUUCAAGCCCUCAAGAACAACAGCAAAGUAAUGAAGCGAUUCAUUGUGAUUGACGAGACUGUUCAUGAUCUUUACGGCUCUCAGGUUGCAGCGUAUUUCGAAGCGAGAGGGGUGACGUACAAGAUCCUUCACUUGCCCACAACUGAGGAGAACAAGUCUAUGGCACUCGUGACCAGUAUCUUAGAGGAGGUCCAUAAAUUUGGAAUUGACCGCCGUACGGAGCCCAUUAUCGCUAUUGGUGGCGGCGUGUGUCUGGAUAUCGCGGGUCUUGCCGCAUCUCUGUAUCGCAGACGCACUCCGUAUAUUCGUGUCCCUACAACUCUGUUGGCUUACAUUGAUGCCAGUGUAGGGGCAAAGACGGGGGUCAAUUUUGCCAACUGUAAAAAUAAACUAGGGUCCUACAUACCCCCCGUGGCAACGUUCCUGGACAGGACUUUCCUCUGCACUCUUCCACGCCGCCAUGUUUCUAAUGGAAUGGCUGAGAUGUUGAAGAUGGCGCUGAUGAAACACAAAGGACUCUUUGAACUAUUGCAGAAGGAGGGAAGACGUUUGUUGAACUCAAGGUUCCAACCGAGAAUCAAUGAAAAUGUGCACAUGGAUGCAGCGAGUGUGUCCACUAGACUGGCCAUUGAAACCAUGCUGGAGGAACUUGCCCCAAACCUGUGGGAGGAUGACCUGGACAGGCUGGUGGACUUUGGCCAUAUCAUCAGUCCAGAGCUUGAAAUGAAAGUACUUCCUGCGCUUUUGCAUGGAGAAGCGGUGAACAUUGACAUGGCCUUCAUGGUCUAUGUGGCUCAUGAAAGGGGCUUUCUGACAGAAGAGGAGAAAAGACGUAUCAUUGUGUGUAUGCAGAGUCUAGAGCUUCCAGUGUGGCAUUCAGAUUGCACUCUGGAUCUAGUACAGAAGUCUCUUACUGAGCGACUGAAGCACUCCGGUGGACUUCUGAGAAUGCCUCUGCCGACAGCGCUGGGAAGAGCAAGAAUCUUCAAUGACAUAGAAGACAGCAUUGUGUGUCGAGCAUUCAAGAGAUGGUGCUAUGAACACUGUGAAACUGCCAUGAAACCACAAUCACACAAUGGAAAAGCCUGAUUGUAUUCUUAAACCAAGAAAACAUCUGUGAUGCAUCAUGAAUAAAAACUCCGGAAAUUGUGAAAACCA